AUGGACGACGAAGUUGUGGGGAGCAUCAUGAGGAGCAUGGCCAGGUCGAGGCCGUCGAGCUACGCGGGGAGGUGCUGGUGGUGCGGGGGGCGCCGCUGCGAGGCCGUGCAGGUGCCCAUCACGCCGCAGGAGCAGGGCAAGAGCCGCCGCCAUGGGAGCGGCGGCGGCGGCGGAUCGAGAUCAACAAGAGAUGGAAGCAGAGGAGGAGCGUCGUCGUCGGCUCAUCAGCACGAGCGGCGGCGGCGGCCGUCGACGUCGUCCUACGACGACCACUCCAGCUACAAGCCUCUCAGCUGGAGAUGCAAUUGCGGCGGAGGCUAG